GAAACUCAACAAGGCAUCUCAGAAAGGGGACAGCAAGAGCAGCAGCACAUUUUUUUCUCUUGAUUUAUUCUCCUUGUGUAAUCUGAGAGCUUUGUAGCUACAGCUUGAGUGGAGACAUCCAGAGCGCUGAGGCUAGAAACAGUGAGAGCUUCGGACUGAUACAGUUUACACUUUACUUACGGUAUGGAUAUAAAACUGGGCAAAAUGGCAAGUUUAUGGUCGUUUCUUUUCCUCAACAUUUUGGGAAGAGUUAUCUGGGGUUUUCCGCAGCAUUGUAAACCUGGCAGCUAUUUUCAAGGACAGUGCAGAACUCCCCCCGAGGAAAAACCCAAAUGUACAGAUAUCAUGUUGACCUACUGUAAAGAUAUGCCCUACUCCACCACCAUGUACCCUAACCUCCUGGAUCAAAAAAGUCGCAGUGAGGCUGAGCAGAGUUUGGAGUAUCUGCUUCUGAAUGUAAUUCACUCAGUGUUAAAUUGGGAGUGCAAUCCAGAUAUACGCAUGCUGGGCUGCUCCAUCAUAGCACCACGCUGUGAGGACCACAAGAUCUUGAAGCCCUGUCGCAGCACCUGCGAGUCUGUGCACAAAGCCUGUGACCACAUGUUUGAGAGCAUUGGAAUGGCUUGGCCCUACUAUCUAGACUGUGACCGCUUUUUUGUUAGUGAAGAGGAGGGCUGCUAUGACCCACUGGAAGGCCUGAGAGAGUCAGAGGAGCCUGAAAUGGAUAGCAUGCCAAUAGAGGAGUCAUCAUCAGUAAUCCCGUUCACAUAUCACUCCAACAAACAGAUGUUUAACAUUCUCAAAAAGACAGCAGAAGACUGCUCUCACAUUUCAAGGACAUAUAGUAUUGGACAGAGCACUGAAAAGAGAGACCUGUUGGUAAUUGAGUUUUCAAGCAACCCUGGAGAACAUGAACUAUUGGAACCAGAGGUCAAGUACAUUGGAAACAUGCAUGGAAAUGAGGUCAUGGGGCGAGAGCUGCUGAUUUACUUGGCUCAGUACUUGUGCUCUGAGUAUCUGUUGGGAAAUACACGGAUCCAGACUCUCAUCAACACAACACGCAUCCACAUUCUGCCCUCCAUGAAUCCUGACGGCUAUGAAUUAGCCCUCUCUGAAGUGCACAGAAGUUCUUACACAGAUGAUGAGGAUGCCAUAUACACUGGGUAUGCAGCUGGCCGUCACAAUGCCCAGAAUAUAGACCUCAAUAGGAAUUUCCCAGACUUGACUUCUUAUGUCUACAACCAGCGUAGACUAAAGUACUUUCACAGUGACCAUAUUCCCAUCCCAGACUCAUACUGGCUUGGUAAGGUUGCUCCAGAGACAUAUGCUGUAAUGAAAUGGAUACGGUCCAUUCCAUUUGUACUGUCUGCUAGCUUUCAUGGAGGAGACCUGGUGGUAUCUUACCCUUAUGACCUCUCAAAGCAUCCUCUAGAAAAGAACAUGUUCUCUCCCACGCCAGACGAGCAGGUCUUCAGACAGUUGGCCAAAAUUUAUGCAAAUGCCCAUGCCACAAUGUCCAGCCAGGACACAGACAGAUGUGGUGGCAAUUUUGCUGAUAAAGAGGGGAUUGUAAAUGGGGCUCAGUGGUACAGCAUAGCAGGAGGAAUGGGAGACUUUAAUUAUCUCCACACAAACUGCUUUGAGAUAACAGUAGAGCUGGGCUGUGACAAAUUCCCAGCAGAGGACGAUCUAUAUACAGGCUGGAAAGAAAAUAAAGAGGCUCUCCUGACUUUGUUGGAGUCGGUGCAUAGGGGAAUUAAAGGAAUUGUGAAAGAUGAAGAUGGCCAUGGCAUUAAAGGAGCCAUUGUGUCAUUAAGAGGGAACCGGCAUUACGUCACCACAGCUGAAAAUGGUGAUUACUGGAGACUGCUGACACCAGGCACCCACAUUGUCAGUGCCUCAGCACCAGGUUAUAGCAGAGUCAUGAAGAGGGUGCACCUCCCUGCUCACAUGCAGAAUGCUGGGCGAGUAGACUUUGUGCUUAAGAAAGUUCCACUGGAUCCAGAAAGUAAUGAAUUAAACAUCCUUCAUUUGGCUAGGUAUGAGCGAUUUGACCCUUAUAACCAACUGAACCGGUAUUACACAAGGGAAUCUAGACAGACGGAAGAGGAGAGGCAGGAGAAGCCAUGGUGGUGGUCCUAUUUUACACAGUUGAGUAAUCAAAACCCCACCUGGCUCUUGAGGAAUUAGCUCCAUCUAGUGCUCCAAAAGUAUUUUCACAACCUGCUUUUGGGUCAGUUUUAAGAUCAUUAUUAAUGAGUGUAUGGUACACACAUAAAGCACUAACACUACAAUGUAUAUGAACACCUCUACUGAGAUUUUACAGCACAAUCUACAAACUUCUCUACACAAAAAAAGAAACCUAUAUGAUUUCACCCCAUAUAUCAAUUAUCUAUAUCUGUAUCAAGACAAAAUCGACUUGAAUAUACUUACCAGCAUUGCUUUUAUACUACUUUAAUAUAACAGUGGGUGGGGAAAAGUACUGAUAGGUAUAGGUAAGUAAGUAUAGGUAAUGUGUCAAAAUCUUACUCAAUUAAACAUGGAAGUAUUCAGCCAAAAAUGCAAUGAAAGUAAAACAGUUGCUACUUUUAAUAAGUACUAAAAAGUCAAAUAAAAAUUAAAAGACUUUUAUAAGUCAUCUAAAACUGUUAGAAGGUAAUUGUCCUUUUAAAGCAUCUAUAUAGGUUUACCUGAAAACAUUAUCCAAUCUCUGUAAGUUUGCUGGUCAUAUGCUUGGCUAAUGUAAUGUAGUUUAUUUUAGUAAUGAAUUAAACAGAAAUAAAAUAUCUUAACUAUCUAGUAAAUAACUAAUAUUUACAAUUAGCUAGAAUUUCACUUGCUAUCCAGUUACGUUACAUUACAUACUGGAAUCCAUUCUUGUCUAACCUGAUUUUAUCAAAGGAAACCGGCUAACUUAGUUAAAUAUAGGCAGUUAGUGUUAGCAAAUCUCUUUGAUUACUCCAGCAUAUUGAAACAUUUUACAAAGAUAGGGACGGGGGCGCUCAUCCAUAAAAUUCCACACUGCAUUCCAGUGGCUUAUUAUCUUCAGACACACAUGGAUAGCUAUAGCACUAACUGCAUCGUGUAACAUGAGAAGGUUACUGUAGGUGUCAAACUGGCAUGAUUUUUGAUAAUGUUUUUUAAUAUUGAUAAACUUGUUUGGAUGCUAAACUAAAAUGAUUGGAUGCUAAUUUGAGCCCAUUCUAUUGAUAAAUGUUGCACAGGCAUCAGCAAGAUGAGAGAAGAAGAGACUUAACAUUUUAAUGAGUACCUCGAAGGUGUACAUAAAAAUGUAAGGAUUAUAUUUGGAAAUGUAAUUAAAUAAGUGUACAAGUAUUCAAUUUUAUUAAUACUGGAAUAUAACGUAUAAAUAAAUAUAUCUCAGUAUAAAUAUAGCAAAAUGAAGUAAUACAUAGAAAGAUUAUUCCACCUUUGAAUAUAACAACCAGUUUACUUACAGCACUUGAUUUUUUUUAUAUACAUCCAAUAAUUUUCAGUGUCAAGACAUGUUGGCUGGAGAGAGAAUAAAGUUUGGAUUAAGAAUCUA